AUGGACGUGCAGCAGCCGUGGUUGGUCGAGUACAUUGAGUCAGGCGUCAACGCUUGGUUCCACAGACUGAGAGGUACUCUGAACAACCAGUAUUCGUUUCGCAAAGUCGACCAUGUCCUCCGCAUCACACAAACGUCCAGACAUGUCAGAACGGUCCGGCUGUUACAGUUACCUCAACUUGGGAUUAGCGAACCUCGAGGCGAAGUGACCGAUGGCGGUCACACUAUCGAAGCCGUCUUCCCGAGCGACAUUGCUACAGCCCGUCUCCAAGCAGGUGUGCAGUGCGGGACUGUGUUCCGCCUGACAGAUCCUCGCAUCCGAGUCACUGCACAUGUGAAUCCACCGAAGCCCCUGCUCGAAGUUGGUCAAUGGGCAAUGGUGGAUGACCACUACCAAUUUCCAGACGAGUCCGGUGUGCCUGUGAUGCAAGAACAAGCUAUACUGGACAGCAUGGUCAGAUAUCAGACAGUUAAGGACCACAACUGCGCCGCCUCGACUCCCACGCCGCAUGGCAGCCCACAGUCCAUCGUCUCUCAGGUGCCGUUCAGUCCACGGAAGCAUGCAGGAGCCGAUGAAGAAGACGACGGAGACCUCUCUCAGCGCCAAUUCCUUACCCAGCCCUGUCUUGCUAUCAACUUGGGAGACCCACAGAGACUAUCACCGCCACCGCACUCAGCUGAUUCAAACCAGGCCAACGAGGUCGAGAUUUUGCGGUCUUUCCAGAAGAGAGAAAUGAAGCCAUGCUCAAACGCUUCAAGUUUGCCUGCCUCCGAAGGGGCGAGAUCUCCAACACCGCUUACCAGCCUGUCAGCUCCAAUUCACUCAAACAAGCCGUCCUCUUCUGGGAUUCCUGAUACUGCUAUCAACCAUCACAAGCACGAAAACAGCAGCCCCAUUGAAACCACUGAGCUCGUCGCCAACAUUGAUUUAUCUGCGCCAUCGUUGCAGAAGGCCAGAUGCGAGAACCAAGUUCGGGAAUGUGCGGAAUUGGUCCCAGCGCCUCAUAUGACCCAAUGUGGGAACAUUCAUGCACCGGCUGGAUCGCUCCAACACUGGCGACUGCAGGCUCAGGAAAGGAGAUAUGUCCCCCGAUAUGUCUGCAAAAUCCCUCGAGACCAAGAAGACUUCUUGAAGUCACUGCUCGAGUCUGGUGACAGCUGGCAACCACCGCUUGUCGGCCAUGUACAAAGGCCAGGAGAGGUGCCACUUCCUCUGCUGGAACGGCUAUGUGAUGCAGCUGAUAAGGAAGCCCAGAGUCCUGCAAAAGCUGUCAAUCUGCCGGUACAGGGGCUCUCCCAUUCUUCACACGGGCGGAAUGACAACCUGGCCGAAGCCAAAUCGAAUGAAGAAGAUUCAAGCCAGGCUGUGAGUGAAUGGUCGCAAAGCCCACCCACUCAACAGCGCCGACUUAAAAUGAUAUCAUUUGAGUCCGACGACGACGCUUUGAGCGGAUCAGCAGAAUCACAGGUGUUGUCGCCCAGCCCAUCUCCAAAACCCCAAUUAACAAUAUUGCCCCGGGAUAGUCCUCCAGUGGAUCUUCGAGAGGACAGACAGCUUGUUGGUCUGGGAAGAUUUGUAAGGAGCCCAGGGCACAAUAGCAAAAGUCCGCAUGAGGUCUCCAUCAACGAGGAUCAUGAGGUCGAGAAGGACAAGUUCGACUCCUUCCCGGACGAUGCCAGCCGCAGAUCCUGGUCUCCCAUUUCUCAAGUGGGCGACAAGGCCGUGCCACCUGUGGCGCAGACGCCACUGUCGGUUCGCUCGUCGGACGACCAUUCAGAAAAUAGGAGAGUCCACCCGGCGGACAACCCUUCCUCUUCUUCGCAGAUGAUAGGCAGCUGCAGUACCAAGGAAAUACAAGUGAAAAGGACCCCCUAUCCAGGCAAAGGCGCAACGCUAUUUCCAACACCACGUAGUGAUCGUAUCGCCGAUGAGAAUCCACAGUCAAGUAUUGUCCCAGGGACUUACACGUCCCCAACCCCAGGUGAAUCAGCUUCCUUGAAAGGCGCAAGCGGACACUUUGAGGCUGCACUGACAGUCGAGACUGUCAAGGCUAGUGAGGCCGCCAGUGAGAGUGGUCCUGCAAGGACCGCCAGUCGAUCAACAGUACAACCGAUCAAGCCUCCGCACCAAGAGGAGGUUGUGAGGCCAGUAGGGCGGGGCACCUCACGACGAUAUUCAUGUGUCUCUGGUGUCUCGCAAGGGUCUGUUCGCAGUUGUGACCAAAUUGUGGCUUCGGGCGGGCUAAAAGAUGUGCAAGGCCUCAGGGUAGAGUUGCCCAAUCCAACGGCAGAACGGACUCGAGAUGACGACUACGACCAAGCUGGGAACGCUGGUCCUCAAAGUAACGACGAGUAUUUUCUUCAACAACGAAGAGACCCCGAAGUGUCCGUGGAAGAAACGAAUCUAGCGACUGCGGCUACAGGGAGCUUACGAAGCCCGGCAUCCAUAAAAAGAAAAAGAGGUGGCUUGGGAGGGAGCAGCGCUCACGGCAAAAGACAGCGAAGGAGUUCGCAGACAACUCCCGUCGACCCGGAUUACCUGGCGAUAUUCGAGAAAAGGAGGGCCGACCGCCGUGAGAAAUUGCAGGCUAUCGGCAAGCCCAGGACACUGGUGCGACCAUCGACCUCGUCAUCGGAAUUGGACGUGGAUAGCAGUAGCGGGCUACAUGGGGCACCGUUGAACAUUGCAGAGCAACGUCGAAUACGGAACUCCACAAUCGAUAUCCGACCGUCGUCUACACCUAUUACCCGCCAAUCGACCUACAGUGGGGUGUGGAAUAUUGAGGACCACCUUAGACCGGGUGACUCGGCUUCUCUGCAUUCCCUCGCUGCCGUUGCUGCCGGGUCUGAAGGCGAGAUCUUUGUCAAAUAUCGUGCGGCCUAUCCUGACUAUGAGGGCAACGCGGACGAUUUUCGCAGGUCAUAUCAUUUCAUCCAAGGUGUAUUGAACGACGAGCCCGACAAAAUACAUUCAUCCCUUCUGGACGAUGCAGUGUUCCACCACUACCACAGUUAUCAGCCUUACAAGGAAGUGAUGGGAUUUGUGAAGUUUUUCAACGAGUGCGUCGAAGAUCCGUCGCAUUACAAACGUAUUAUCAAAUUCACCGCCCCGGAGAGGCAAGCCCAUCGCAACCAGUUGCGAAGAUCGAACAUGACAGCCAAUAGUGUGAUCGGGGCGUCGCCAUCACGAAACACUCGGUCUUCACUGUCCGUCACUGCACUUCCACAGCCGCUGAUGAGAGACGGGCUCGAGAAGGUGCGGAAGCAAAAGCAGUCUCUCGGGAGUAUCCCCUCAGAGCCACCGCCGGGGGCGACUUUGUCGCAACAAUCGAUUAACGGUAUUGAAAAAUGGCGUGAAAACGCUGCUCCAAGAGGUUCGCCGGAGCUGGGCAGUGCAGAUAUCGACAGGAGCUUUCUUCAGGCUUCCAAUCUAGAGAAAGCAGGAAACCUCAGUGCCCCGCCAUAUACGUCUCCAAAGGCCACACGUCUUCCGCCAACAACGUCGAAGCCAACAGGAUCGAACCUGAAGAACCGCGCCCCCACCAGCACAGCUCAGGCGCAGCUGGACUCCUUACCAAGAUCAUUUGUGAGGCCACAACAGCCCUCGCCAGUGGUCAGAGCAGCUUCGGCGACUUCUACGGCACCCAUUGCCUUUAUUUCGCAGGCUGCAAAAGGAGAGCGGUCACGAAGGAGUUUUAGCGGAACCAAUACGGCAUUUACCCACUUCGAGAAAGAGUACGCUCGAUUGUGCAGGGAGAAGGAAGCCCGGGACGUUGUUGCAAAGGCUAAGUCCCCAGAGAAUGUUCGUGGAGUUCGUGGUGUUAGUGGCAUGGGCAUCGAUAUCUUCUCCUGGCGGAAGGGAACGCUCUCCAACAGGACUUGCGACAGUAACUCUUUCUGA